AUGAAAAAACACUUGUUUCUUUACAAUAGUUGGGUUAAAAAUGACUUGCUCCUUUUUUAUGGUUCUGUUUGUUUAUUCGCUUUUUAUGUCAACUUUUAGUGUGUGCAGAGAGACGAUAUGCAUUGGAAGUGAGAGAGAGACACUGUUGAAGUUGAAGCAUCAUCUCACAGAUCCUUCAAAUAGGCUUUCUUCUUGGAAUGUCUCUGUGAAUCCCAAUUGCUGCGAGUGGGAUGGAGUUGUCUGCAACAACUUUACAUCUCAUGUUGCAGAGCUUCAUCUCAGAACUUCAUUUCCUGAUUUCGAUUAUCCAUUAUAUUACGAAGAUUACGAAGAAGCAUUGGAAGAUCACAGUAGACGGGCCUUGGGUGGAGAGAUAAAUCCUUGUUUGGUUGAUUUGAAGCAUUUGAAUUACUUGGAUCUCAGCGGCAAUCAUUUUCCAAGUACUCCAAUUCCUUCCUUCAUUGCAACAAUAACUUCUUUAACACACCUCAAUCUUUCUUAUGCUGGAUUCAUGGGAAAUAUUCCUUCUCAGAUUGGAAAUCUCUCCAAUUUGCUCUAUCUUGACCUCUCUUAUGUUGCCAACGGAACAAUUCCUCCCCAGAUAGGGAGUCUCUCCAAUUUACUCCACCUCCACCUCAGAGGUGGAUAUUAUGAAGAAUCUUUGUUUCUUGAAAAUAUUAAUUGGCUAUCAAGUCUUUCCAAAAUUCGUUAUCUUACAUUGAGCAGCAUUUGGUCACGUAGAGGAGGUAUGCUAAUUCCUUCUUCUCUUGGUUCAAUGAACUCCUUAGUUCACUUGGACCUCUCUUAUUCUGAAUUCAUCGGCAACUUUCCUCCUCAGAUUGGAAAUCUUUCUAAAUUAGUGUAUCUAGACCUAAGCGGUGCUGCCAAUGGAACACUUCCCUCUCAAAUUGGAAAUCUCUCUAAUUUGUUGUAUCUUGACCUUGGAAGUGAUCUAACUUCGAUUCCUAAAAAUGUUGACUGCUUGUCAAGGCUUACAAAGCUUGAAUAUCUUGAUUUAGGAGGUGCAAACCUAUCCCAAUCAUUUCAAUUGCUUCAUACCCUCCAAGCUCUUCCUUCUUUGAUGCACCUAUAUUUGUCGAGAUGUACACUUCCUCACUACAAUCAACCAUCAUUUCUUAACUUCUCGUCUCUCCUCACUCUUGAUCUUUCUGAGGUUUAUUAUCAUUCUGCAAUUUCAUUUGUUCCAAAGUGGGUAUUUGGACUGAAGAAACUUGUUUCUCUAUUUUUAUAUGCUAACAACUUUGAAGGUCCAAUUCUUGAUGAUUUUCGAAACCUCACACUUCUUGAAAAUCUUGAUUUGAAGGAAAAUUCAUUUUCAUCUUCUAUACCUCAUUGGUUUUAUAGUAGUUUUCCUCAUCUCAAGUUCUUGGACCUAUCAUAUAACAACCUACAAGGAAAUAUUUCUGAUGCCUUAGGAAAUGUGACUUCUCUAGUUACACUUGAUAUGUCAAACAAUCAACUUGAAGGUCCAAUUCCAACUUCUUUUGGUUCUCUUUGCAACUUAAGGGUGAUACAAUUCUCAUAUCUCAAACUCAAUCAGCACAUUAAUGAAAUUUUAGAUAUUCUUGCUCCUUGUAUUUCCCAUGGACUCAAAACACUUGAAGUUAGAAGUUCUCAAAUUUCAGGUAAUCUAACAAACCAAUUUGAGGUUUAUAAAAAUAUUGCCACACUAAAUUUUUAUGAAAACAAAAUUGGUGGAGAACUCCCAAUAUCACUCGGAAAACGUUCAUCACUAAGAUCUCUUUCUCUAUCCUAUAAUCAGCUUAGAGGAAAUCCAUUUGAAAGUCUUAGACCACUCUCUGAAUUGUCAUAUCUUGAUAUUGGUUAUAAUAAUUUUGAAGGAGUUGUCACGAAAGAUCAUCUAACAAAUCUUACGAGUUUGUAUGAGUUUUUUGCACCAGGAAACAAUUUGACUUUAAAAGUGGGUCCAAAAUGGUAUCCUACUUUUCAACUUACUUAUUUGGAUAUGAACUCUUGGCAAUUAGGUCCCAACUUUCCUUCAUGGAUUCAAUCACAAGACAAACUUUAUUAUUUAGCGAUGCCUAACACGGGAAUUUUGGAUUCUAUUCCCUAUUGGUUUUGGAAAACAUUUUCUGAAGCUUCUUUUCUAAAUCUCUCUCAUAAUCAUAUCCAUGGUGAGCUUCAGACUACUUUAAAGAAUCCAAUAUCUAUAAUUGGUGUUGAUCUAAGUGCAAAUAAGUUAAGUGGCAAAUUUCCUUACCUUUCAAAUGGUGUGGGUUUUUUGGACCUUUCAAGCAAUUCAUUCUCCAAAUCCAUGGAUGAUUUUUUAUGUAAAGGUAAAGAGAAGCCAAUGAAAUUAGAAUUUCUCAAUCUUGCAUCGAAUAACUUAUCAGGGGAAAUACCAGAUUGUUGGGACAUCUGGCCAUAUCUAAUGGAUGUAAAUUUACAAAAUAAUAAUUUUGUUGGAAACAUUCCCCAAUCCAUGAGUUCCUUAAUAGAGCUAGAAUCAUUAAGCAUCCGUAAAAACUUGCUUUCGGGAACAUUUCCUACAAUUUUGAAAAAGACCAAUAAAUUGAUUUUGUUGGAUCUUGGAGAAAAUAAUUUUUCAGGAACAAUUCCAACUUGGGUUGGAGAAAGUUUUUUAGAUAUGAAGGUUCUUAUCCUUCGAUCAAAUAGAUUUUCGGGUCAUAUUCCUAAUAAAAUAUGUGAUAUGAGUCUUCUUCAAGUGUUAGACUUUGCACAAAAUAAUUUGACUGGAAACAUACCUACUUGUUUUAACAGUUUGAAGACCAUGACACAGAUGAACAAAAGUACAAAUGCUCUUAUCUAUUGUUCUGCUAUAAACUAUACAUUUGAAUAUUCAGAUUAUCCUGUAAUCAGUGUUCUUCUUUGGUUGAAAGGAAGAGGAGAUGAAUACAAAAACUUUCUCGGGUUGGUAACAAGCAUUGAUUUGUCGAAUAACAAAUUAGUAGGAGAAAUACCGAGAGAAGUCACAGAUUUAAAUGGUUUGAUGUUUUUGAACUUGUCCCACAACCAAUUUAGUGGUCACAUUCCACAGAAUAUCGGUAAUAUGGAAUCAUUGUUGGCCAUUGAUUUUUCAAGGAAUAAACUUUCUGGUGAAAUCCCUCCAACCAUUUCAAAUUUGAGCUUUCUAAGCAUGCUAGACUUGUCUUAUAAUCAUUUGAAUGGAAAAAUUCCAACAGGAACUCAAUUGCAAACCUUUGAUGCCUCAAACUUUAUUGGCAACAAUCUAUGUGGCCCACCACUACCCAUCAGUUGCAUCUCCAAUGACAAAAGCUAUGAUCAGAAUGGCAAAGGGAGUGAUGAUAGGCAUGGAGUGAACUUAUUUUAUGUGAGUAUGACAUUUGGAUUUGUGGUGGGAUUUUGGAUAGUAGUUGGUCCUCUGGUCAUUUGUAGAUCAUGGCGUUAUGCCUAUUUUCAUUUCCUUGAUCAUGUGUGGUUCAAACUUCAAUAUUUUUUCUAAUGUCAGUACAAUAUAUCUAAUGUGGUGAGAAAUAAAGUUAUUAUAAAACAUGGAAGUUAAUUUGAACUACUCUGUAUUGCAUAGUUGAUCAAAUUUUCAGGUAAUUUCUGUUUUGUUUGAUUUAUUUUCAAAUAUGAGAGUGUUAUUUAUUUAAAUUACUAGUGGAUUUCAAAGCUAAAGAAUCUACAUGUGCAACUUAUUAUGGAUAAAUUCUAGCUAAUUUAACAAAUUGCAAUCUGUUGUUAGAAAAUUUAGACAGUGUGAACUUAAAUUGAACCAUGUAAAACUCUUGUUGAAAAGAAUUGAAGCAAUAUAUUUAAUGAGUUGCUUGGGUUUUAGAUACUCAAAGGCACUCCUAUUGAAAUUUAUAGAUGGUUACAAUUUCUUUCUCAAUAGCAAGAUUUGAAGGCAUUAUAAAAGACUAAUUUCUUUCUCAACAGCAAGAUUCAAAUACUUUGUGAACAUUUAGUUUUGGAUGUAGCCUUUUUAACUUUAUCUCUUCAUUUUUUUUUUAAUUUAGUCCAUUUUAUUUUAACAUUUUACAUAUAAACAGGAGAAAAAUGAGACUGUGGUAUGAAGGUCUAAUGACACCCAUUGGAACUCUAUGUUGAAUAUGCAAAAUUCUCUUGUCUGCAUUUGAUAGACAUUUGAUCAAAGAUAUGUAAAAAAUUCUCAUACAUUGGAUUAAUCGGAGGAGUACUGCUUUCAUUAAUUGGUAUUAUUAGUUUCAGUUUUCAUUGUUAAAAGGUAAAUGUUGAAUGCCAUAAAUAAAAGCUUAUAAAAGAAAAGUGAUUCAUGAAAGAAAGAGGU